AUGGCUCCGCCUGGCAGGCUGUAUUCGGUAUGGCUGGAGGCGAAUCUCGGCCGCUUCCUCCACGGCGUAUCCGUGAGACGGUACACCCCUUUAUCGGAUGGAAGACAGGAGCAAACGGCCGUUAAGAGGGACUCAUCGAGCCUUUGUUCGGUAUUCUCCACCAGACGGUGCCUGAAUACGGCUUCGGCACCCGAUGACGCAGCUCCGGCUGAGCUGCUGCAUAUCGCAGACAGGUCAUGUAGGGACCAGGCUGAACUGCUUCGACGCGUCCAGGCGGCGUUUGACUCGCAUACACCCAGUAUUGUGUGCUGGCUGAGGACCAACAGGCAGAGUUACAUGCGAGAUGUCGACCCCUCCACCGUUGACCUACUCCGCAACGCAGAGAGGUUCGCCUCGUUGCACGGGCUGCUGCUCUGCGAUGUGCCGCCGCAUGACCUGCAGGAGCACGUACGCAGUGCUUCGUGCCUCAGGGACCUGUUUUCGCCCAAGUUCAUCGAGGCACAAAAGGCGGCCCUCUAUCGGCACCAGCACCUCCCGCUGCUCAAGCGCCCUCCCGUUGACCGGGCAGUGGAGCCCCUUGAGAAUGCGCUAAAUGGCACCAAGGAGCAACCUGCGGAUACGUGCGAUAAGAUGGAGUGCGCUGCGGAGGGUGAGGAUGCUAGGGUGGAUUGCGUUGGUCCAAACUACGUGAACUACAAGCGGCAGGUUCUGAUCGAACGGCAAAGUUUUGCCGAGGCUUUGGAAACGGCCCGUGUGGAGGCUUCGAGCCUCAUGGAGCUGGAGAAACCAUCGCAACUGCCCGCUCUCAGCCAAACGUGCGAGCAGUGGGUGCAGGACAUAGCGGAGUUCAUAAAGCUGGACAGGCUCAAGCUGACCGACUCGGUGCUGCCGUCGAACCUAGACGACCAGACGCUGGCGAGGGCUACUGUGAACAUCGCGCUCCAGCUGAUGUGUUUCCCGGCAUAUGCGUAUAACUCCAAAGGGCAAAGGGGCGGUCUGUUGCGUCGUCGGCCCCAACAGACCGCUGGGAACCAGGUGCUUCUGGCUCAUGCGGCGAUUCGCCUGGGCGACGAAAUAGGCCGUAUGUAUGCGCGAAAACUGGCAUCUAGUAAGCCGCCUGAAGCGCAUGCCAAAUCGGAACCCAAAUUCGAUGUCCCCCGGAGUCCCGAGACUGCAGUUACCACCCACUCCAGCACCUCCGACGCUACCACGGGAGGUUUAAGCCGUGGCGUCGGCACCGUUUUCGACAUCCCUAAAUUGUUAACGGCGAGUCUGAGCUCACUUACGGCAUCGGCAUUUUCAGGGGCAUCGAAGGCGCGUGUCAUGUCCAAUACCGCGACCGGUGUGAUGGAGCCAACUCCCCAGCUGCACAGCGACGGCACCCUGACCGACGACCAGAAGCAGUGGAACAGCAAACAAAGUGCGGCGGUUGGAGGCUACCUGUUGCACGCGCUCGUGCAGUCGUGCUACGUCCAGGUGGAUUUGACCACUGCUCUGCGGCAGACGAACUCGUUCGCCGAACUCGACACGUCGAUGCUGCUCCCGGACGUCCACAACGCAGAAUCGGAUCACACUGCCAUAGCCAAAAAGAAGCGCAAGUGGCUGAACAAGGCCAUCAGCCGCAUCCGCCAGUCGCGGUUCGACGCCGGCAAGGUGGAGAUCGCCGCUUUCGCGCACAAGGUCCACCGUCAUGGCGUGAAGGUCUAUGGCGUUUUGGAAAUGCGGGAGUGUUGCAUGAUCCACCUGAGAGAUGCGGUGGCCCGGGGUUUGGUGAAUUUGAGCUGCCUGCCCAUGGUCUGCGAGCCCAAGCCGUGGACGUCGGUGUCCUCUGGGGGCCUUGCGCUUCUGAAGCACUACUUCAUCCGCACGCAAAGCAGACCCACGUUCGACGUCAGAGUGUACGACCUUUCGAGGGUGCUAAACGUGGUGAGCGCUUUCGGCCGCGUCCCCUGGAAGGUCAACGGGGACGUGUUCACGGUGCUCCGGACGCUGUGGACGACGGACACGUUGCUCCCCGUGCGUUCGUUUCUGCCCGACAAGUCCCUCAUCGAGGACGAAUCGGAAACUGCCGUCAGCACCAUGGAGCGCGCGAAUGCUCUGUCCGAGUGCUCGCUGUUCGAGAGGAGGCUGCGCGUGGCUGAAGACUUCCUCCUGGAGCCGCGCAUCUACUUCCCGCAGAACAUCGACUUCAGGGGGCGGAUGUACCCCCUAUCGCCUCACCUCAACCACAUGGCGGACGACGUGUGCCGUGCGUUGCUGAAGUUUGCCGAGAAGCGGCCGCUGGGUGAGCGCGGUUUCUACUGGUUGAAGGUACACCUGAGCAACCUGUAUGGUAUGGACAAGGUGCCGUUCUCUGAGCGUGUGGAGUGGGUCGAGCGCAACACCGGCGUCAUCCAGCAGCUCGUGCGCGCCCCCUUUUCGGAAGUGUCGCAGUCAUUCUGGCAGCGUGCGGAGUGCCCGUUCCAGUUCUACGCCACAGCCAUCGACUACGUGGCCGCCCUGGGCUCCGGCAACCCCCACGGCCACUUGAGCGAUGUUCCCAUCCACCAGGACGGCAGCUGUAACGGGCUGCAGCACUACGCCGCGCUCGGCAGGGACCUGAACGGCGGCGCCGCCGUCAACCUCACGCCCAGCGAUCGGCCGCAGGACGUGUACCACCAAGUGCUUCUGGAGGUCAUCGCCAAGGUGCGUGCGGAGUACUCAUCCACGCCUGGCUCUGCUAAUGACCCGGUGAACUCCAAAUCGCGGAUGGCGCGGUUGUGCUUGGAGCACGGGAUACUGCGUCGUAAGAUCGUGAAGCAGACGGUCAUGACCAUCUGCUACGGGGUGACCCGAACCGGCGCCGUGGCGCAAAUCGAGGCCAGAUUGAAGGAACUGAGCACACUGGAGUCCCUGGACCCGCAUACAGUGCACAAUUUGGCCGGGUACAUAGCUGGCAAGGUCCUGGGUUCCAUAAACACCGUGUUUGCGGAGGCCAUGGCGAUCAAGAAGUGGCUGGACGACAUCUCCGCGGCUCACAACAGGCUCAACGUGCCUGUGACCUGGAUAAGCCCCAUAGGCUUGCCGUGCGAGCAGCCGUAUUGCAAGGCCGUGACCAAGGUGGUGCGCACGCCCAUUCAGGCCAUCAACGUGUCUGAGCAGGCGCAUAGCGUCGUUGACAAGCGCCGUCAGAAGUUGGCGUUCCCACCCAACUUCGUCCACUCGCUCGACGCGUCGCACCUCAUGUUAACUGCGGAGUCGCUGCUCAAGGUCGGGCUGAGCUUCGCGGCGGUGCACGACAGCUACUGGACGCACGCCUGCGACGUUGACGUGAUGAACGUCGCCAUCCGAGAGCAGUUCGUGAACAUGUACCGCGAGCCCAUUUUGGAGAACCUGUACCACAGCUGCAUCAAGCGGCUGCGCGGGGAGGUGGUCAUCCCUCCGCCGCCGAGGCGUGGUCAGCUGGACCUGGACUUGGUGCGCCAAUCGGCCUACUUCUUCCACUAG